AUGGCUAUCCCCUAUAUCGAACGAAUCAUACGCAUAAAAACAAGCCAAUCGACAGUGGAUGAACAGCCUAUAGAUGGGGAAUCGCCAAUGCGAGAGUGGCAGGUGGAUUUGUGGGUUUUGACUGCAGAUGGAGAGGAAAUACCUGCUAACAUUUUCGAAAAGUGCAUAUAUCGUCUUCAUCCCACCUUUACAAAUCCUACUAGAAUCAAGACAAAACCACCAUUCACGCUGCGAGAAAAGGGAUGGGGUGAGUUUUCAUACCCUAUACAAUGCUUCUUCCUGCAGGGCGGUGGAGAGGUGGACUUCUUGCACGAACUUUCCUUCCACGAGAAUAUAUACUUUUCCGAUGUGCGUAUUAAAGUGCCUAUUCAUAUACCCGAGCUUAGGCAUGCUCUAGAGCGCAGCGGUACUGUACCGUCCUAUACAGAAGAAUCACAACUAGAAUCGAUGACGCUAGAUCUAGAUAAAUGGAUAAGGACACUUGUGGCGGGUGAUGAAGACAUAGCCACAGAGGUUGUCAAUAAAAUAAUUCAUCAUCCUGCCAUAUCCCGGGAAAUCGACCAGAUUCCGCUUGCUGAACAGUUUGUUCUUGAUCUGAGGCAGCUUCCCAAUAGUUUAUUAGAAGAACUCAUGGAUUUUGUCAAGAAAUUGCAAGCGGAAACGGAGGACAAUACCGAUAAAUCGGUUCUUUAA